UUCGGCGCGGCGCACUUUAAUCCUCCGACGCAGCCCGAAGGCGCUGACGGAAACUAAGGGCUCCACUUGUCUGGCAGAAGUGUCGAUGUCUGGACAGUGGCUCUUCGCAAUGGCCGACUCUCGAUUCGAGUUCAUAAGAAUCAGACCUCUGGAGUUGAGAGUUACGAUAGACUUAAUUUAGUGACGCAAUGAAAAUUAGUGUGGAUAGCCUAUUAAUUUUUAAAAAUGUGACUAUUAAAUAUUGAUUUAAUACCAGUCUGCAGCGCAUAAUCAGCCAGUCUCAUUAAACGGGAGGAAACAUGUGUAGGGAAAAGGUCAGACUGAGGAGAAGUAAGAAGGCUCAGAGUUUGGCAACCUGAUUCUUUCUCAACAUCUUCCCGUGUCCAGCUCAAGAGUCCCACCACCACCCAGGACCAGCUCCUCCUGCCCCUGGAUCUUCUGAUGGGCCCCAGAAGGUGGCAGUACUGACGACAAUGCUGUCAGGCUGGCGGUGGCCAAGUACCUGGGGGAGCCUAGGGCUGGGGCCCCGAUGCCCUACUCAGGGGUCCCAGCUCUGUGCCCUCUAUGCUUUCACUUAUACUGGGGCAGAUGGCCGGCAGGUGUCUCUGGCUGAAGGGGACAGGUUUCUACUGCUUCGAAAGACCAACUCAGACUGGUGGUUGGCGAGACGCCUGGGAGCACCCUCUACCUCUCGACCCAUCUUUGUCCCAGCUGCCUACAUGACAGAGGAACCUAGCCCUUCUCAGAGCCCAAACUCCAUCACCCCCAGCCAGUCCCUCUGGACUCCUGGCCCACAGUUACUUCCUGGCUCCAUGGAGGAGCUGCCCCUGUGUCAGGAACCCCCAGGCAGAGCUCAGGCUUCAUCCAAGCAGCCUCCUCCCCUCCCCACAAAAAUAUGUCGAAGUGUCAGUGUUACCAAUCUGAGGCCCACCCUCCUGAAGCCCUUCCGGGAAGGACCAAGUGAAAGAUCCCUUUCCCAGGAAGACUUGCUGACAGCGGCCAGCGCAGACGUGGCAAGACCCCAGCCCCUCAUGUCAGAGCCCCCUGUGUACUGCAACCUGGUGGACCUUCGCCGCUGCCCCCGGUCCCCGCCUCCAAACCCUGCAUGCCCCCCGCUGCAGAGGCUGGAUGCCUGGGAGCAGCACUUGGACCCCAACUCCGGACGCUGCUUCUACAUAAAUUCCCUGACUGGCUGCAAAUCCUGGAAGCCCCCACGCCACAUUCGCACCCGAGAGAUGAACCCUGGCUCCACAGAGGGAACACAGACUCUGAACAGAGACAAUGGUAUCCUGCAGCCUCAGGCAGAGGGCUCAGAGUCUGGCACAGGGACCCCAGAACUGCACGACCCUCGGGGUUCGCCCGGCCUCCACAGACGCACCUCCCAGAUCGACCCCUCAGAUCAACCUUCAGCCUUUCAGUCCCCCCGGCCUCUGCCACAGGUUCUGGAUGACCCCCAUGAGGUAGAAAAGUCAGGUCUGCUCAACAUGACCAAGAUCGCCCAAGGAGGGCGCAAGCUCAGGAAGAACUGGGGCCCAUCUUGGGUCGUAUUAGCAGGUAACAGCCUGGUGUUCUACCGAGAGCCACCAACGACUGCCCCCUCCACCGUCUGGGGACCAGCGGGUAGCCGACCUGAAAGCAGCGUGGACCUGCGCGGAGCGGCCCUGGCCCACGGCCGCCACCUGUCCAGCCGCCGCAACGUCCUGCACAUCCGCACGAUCCCUGGCCAUGAGUUCCUGCUGCAGUCAGACCACGAGACCGAAUUGCGAUCCUGGCACCGCGCGCUGCGGGCGGUCAUCGAACGCCUGGAUCGAGAGAACCCCCUGGAGCUGCGCCUGUCAGGCUCAGGACCGGCUGAACUGGGGGAGCUGAGCGCCGGGGAGGACGAAGAAGAGGAGUCAGAGCGGGUGUCGAAGCCGCUACUGCGGAUCGGCGGCCGGCGGAGCUCCAGUCGGUGUCCCGAAGGAGCUGAGCAGAACCGCGUGCGGAACAAACUAAAGCGGCUUAUCGCAAAGAGACCGCCCUUGCAAACUCUGCAGGAGCGGGGUCUGCUCCGAGAUCAGGUGUUUGGCUGCCAGUUGGAAUCACUGUGCCAACGUGAAGGGGACACCGUGCCCAGCUUUGUGCGGCUCUGCAUUGCUGCUGUCGAUAAGAGAGGACUAGAUGUGGAUGGCAUUUACCGGGUGAGUGGGAACUUGGCGGUGGUCCAGAAACUUCGCUUCUUGGUGGACAGAGAGCGGGCGAUCACCUCCGAUGGGAGGUACGUGUUCCCAGAACAGCCAGGACAAGAAGGCCGAUUAGAUUUGGACAGUGCUGAGUGGGAUGACAUUCAUGUGAUCACGGGAGCCCUGAAGCUUUUUCUCAGGGAGCUACCCCAGCCUCUGGUGCCCUCACUGUUGCUGCCCCAUUUUCGUGCCGCCCUUGCACUCCCAGAAUCAGAACAGCGCCUCACUCAAAUACAAGAAUUAAUAAGCUCAAUGCCAAAGCCCAACCAUGACACUCUGCGGUACCUCCUGGAGCAUUUAUGCAGGGUGAUAGCACACUCAGACAAGAACCGCAUGACCCCCCACAACCUGGGAAUUGUGUUUGGACCAACCCUAUUUCGUCCAGAGCAGGAGACGUCUGACCCAGCGGCCCACUCCCUCUACCCUGGGCAGCUAGUCCAGUUGAUGCUCACCGACUUCGCCAGCCUCUUCCCCUGACUGGGGCAGGGAAGAAGAGAAAAUAUGUUUCCAGUGAUCUUUGCUGGGUGCCCUUUGAUGGGGGUGCAGGUGGGGCUGUUCUGUUUGGGGGACAUCCCUUUAAAUCCUGUGUCUCCCAGA